AUGAACCCCUUGCCCUCAUCUCAGCCCGCCAACUCCCGCCGUCCACAUCGCCGCACCUCCAUUCACCGGCUCAACACCGGCGGCUCCACAGAUUAUGUACGUACACAGACCUCCCCCGCAGUAACGCCACGGGGAAGCGGGACCCACGCCAUCCCCCCAACCGUAAGGGACGAAAUCUACGAGAUCAACGAGAUCAAGCGCUACGAAGACUUCACGACCAUCGACUGGGUGCAGGAUGCCGUGCACGAGCAGGCGCGCCGGCGGGCGAAGCGCAAAGAUGGCUCGCGGUUCUGGGACCAAGAGGGUACGCUGGGAUGGAGAAGGAAAGUCAGCGAAUCGUAUGAUGCUGGCCAGUCGUGGCUGGUUGUCACCAUCGUUGGGGCUGCGAUUGGGUUGAAUGCGGCCUUUCUGAAUAUUGUCACGGAGUGGUUGGCAGAUAUUAAGUUGGGGUAUUGCACGACGGGAUUUUAUUUGAAUGAGUCGUUUUGCUGUUGGGGUGCCGAAGAUGGUUGUCCGGAGUGGCGGCGGUGGACAUCGAUAGCGCCAUUAGAUUACAUCGCAUACUUUAUAUUCGCGGUGCUUUUUGCGUUCUCUUCUGCCGUUCUUGUCAGCUCAUUUGCGCCAUAUGCUGCAGGGUCCGGCAUAUCGGAAAUCAAAGUUAUCAUUGCUGGUUUCAUCAUGAAAGGUUUCCUUGGGGCAAGAACCUUGGUUAUAAAAUCUUUGACCUUACCGCUGUCAAUUGCAUCUGGGCUCUCAGUGGGCAAGGAAGGCCCCAGUGUCCAUUUUGCCGUAUGCACUGGAAAUGUCAUUUCACGAUGGUUCAGCAAAUAUAAACGAAAUGCAGCAAAGACUCGGGAGAUCUUGACUGCCACAGCUGGUGCUGGAGUAGCGGUCGCCUUUGGUUCUCCUAUAGGAGGCGUCUUUGGUGGGUUGUAUGGCGCUUUUGUUAUGAAAUGGAACCUAAGAUCGCAGGCGUUCCGGAAGAAAUAUCUAUCUCGACAUCCAAUUAUCGAGGCUACGGUGUUAGCCGGAGUCACUGCAUUGAUAUGCUACCCGAACAUGUUUCUAAGGAUCAACAUGACUGAGAUGAUGGAGAUCCUGUUUAGGGAGUGUGAAGGAGCUCAUGACUAUAACGGGAUUUGUGAAGGAAUAGAUCUUGCUAAUAGACUUUUGUUCAUCAGCACCAAUAAUCGCUGGUCAAUGGUUAUAUCCCUUGCGAUAGCCACAAUAAUUCGAAUCCUCCUGGUCAUCAUCUCAUACGGAUGCAAAGUGCCCGCUGGAAUAUUCGUUCCGUCGAUGGCCAUAGGGGCUUCCUUUGGUCGGAUGGUUGGCAUUCUUGUCCAAGCUUUACAUGAAGCGUUCCCGGACUCAAAGUUCUUUGGAGCUUGUGAGCCUGAUGUGCCUUGUAUCACACCAGGGACCUAUGCAUUCCUUGGAGCGGGUGCUGCGCUAAGUGGGAUCAUGCAUUUGACUGUCUCGGUCACAGUGAUCAUGUUUGAGAUCACGGGAGCCUUAACCUAUAUCCUCCCAACCAUGAUUGUUGUUGGCGUAACUAAGGCAGUCAGCAACAGCUUCGGCAAAGGAGGUAUUGCAGACCGCAUGAUCUGGUUCAACGGUUUCCCAUUCCUUGACAGCAAAGAAGACCACAUCUUUAACGUCCCGGUCUCCCACGCCAUGACCAACAAACCCGCAGUGCUUCCGGCAGCCGACUUUCCCGUAUCAAAAGCCGAGAAACUUCUGCGGCAACACAAAUACAAAGGCUUUCCGAUAGUUGAAGAUGCCAUCAACAAAGUCGUCAUUGGCUUUAUUGGCAGGACAGAGCUCCAAUAUGCCAUCAAUCGCGCAAAACAAGAGGGCCUCCUUUCCCCCAACGCCAAAUGUCGCUUCACCACAGCCCCCUCCUUUGCUUCCUAUCGCCAUCGCGGCAGCAUUCCGUCCUCAAACUCCGUAACCCUCCCGGUACCCUCGUCCAAUCUGCAAACCUUCGGGUCCAAGCCCUCCUCUUCAUCCAGAUCUGAAGGCAGCCCUUACAAUUCUGAUCUCAGCCCUGAUGAUCAGGCGCCUUCCCGUACCUUCGACGACAUCGCCAUCUCAACCGGUUUCCGCUCCAUAGACUUCAGCCCGUACGUCGACCCCGCGCCGAUAACCGUUCACCCACGCCUGCCACUAGAGACGGUUAUGGAGAUAUUCAAGAAAAUGGGGCCGAGGGUGAUUCUCGUGGAGCAUCGUGGGCGCCUAUCCGGUCUCGUCACGGUUAAGGAUUGCUUGAAGUAUCAGUUCAAGGUUGAGGCUCAGGAGCAUAUUGAUGGCUCCGGUGACGAUGGUCAUGGUCAUAGCCAGGGUCAUGGUGGGAACGGCGGGCUUGGAGAGGGGAUUGUUGAGAAAAAGGCUUGGGAGUUUAUUCAGUGGGCGACGAACAAGGUGGCGUUUUGGAGGAGGAUGGGGGGAACGGGGAUGCCGAGAUUUCUUAGGUUGGGGUCCUCGGAAGGGGACGGAGAAUGGCAUGCACGUAGACGGGGAGGUGAGCAUGAGCGUAGCGAGUGGGACGGGCAAUUGUUAUCGUCGAUAUCUUCAUCAGGUAUUGUGGAGGGGACUGAGGAGUUGGAUGAGAGGAAUGAUUAG